AUGGCUCCCUCAGAGGAAUCUAUUCUGUCUAAUUUCUUAUUGUCUCCGUCACCGCUGCCGACAGUAAUGUCUCUACAGAAAUUCACCGAGCUAUUUCCAAGGCGGCUACGGGCUCAUCCGCACAUCCGAGCUCUGUAUCGAGAACUACAGCAAGUUCGAGAGCAUGACAUGGACCGGGUGAAUGAGAACAUUGACCAGGAGCUUCGACUCGGCGAGCGGCAGAAAGCCGAACUCCGCAAAGCCGUUCGUGCUGCAGGCGUCGAGGCGGCUACAGCUGACGAGCAGCGCGAGAUGGAGGUGGAUCUUCAUCUUUUUGGCCAGAGAAAGACUGUCAAUGCCGACGAUUACCACUCGGUGGAUAGUCUUUUGGCAGCCGUGGAGACGGCAUGCGCCAACGUGGAGCGCGAGAUAGCCGAUAUUGACCGGGAAGCUGCAGAUCUUCUGAAAGAACUCAACACCACUGUCGGUGACCUGAGUGAUCUGCGUUAUGGCAAACUGCAAGGCCCAGCAGGUACUGAAAAUACUCUGGGUAGUGAGACUAUUCAAGCUCUCCAAACCCUCGAGGAGGCAUGCUACAAGGGCAUGGACACUGAUGUCGCAUGA